UCAGGAGCAGGUUCUGAUUGGAGUCACUGCUGCUGACGGAUGGCAUUGGAAUGCGCUCCUUGAACAACAGCAAAAAAAAACGUGUUUAACAUACAAAAAAAACGUUAUUAAACAAUUUAAAGAAUAUUAACAAAAGUUCGCAAAGUAAAUGACAACUUGAAAGCCGCUAACAAAAUUUGUUAAAGCCAAAAAGUGAAAAGGCAGACAAAAAGUCUCCUGUUGUAGGCGUAGGUGUGUGUGUGUGUGUUUGUGGGUGCGCGCACAACAAAAAUAUAAAUAAAACACACAAGCAGCAGCGCCCUCGUCGUCAAUGUCAAUGAAAUGCAGUUGAUAAAAAGUGAAAUAAAAGGCCUUUAAUUGCCGCUGCAGUCAAUAAAUCAUCAAACGAAAAUAUGAAAGCAUCUCUGGAAUUUCGUGUGUAAAAUUAGAAACAUAGGGAGAAACAGGAAAACAGGCGAGAAAGAUACAAAAUAGCAAUGCCAAAGAGUGCGAUGGGAGAGCAACGGCAACAGCGCUGCGUGUGCUCUUCCCCACUUCCACUUCCUGCACAUAUGCCAGCUCCAACAAGAAUAACAGCAACAACAACAACAACAACAUUAACAGAACGUGCUGCUGUUACUGGGGAUGCUGCUGCUGUUGCUGCUGGCGCUGCCGCUGCCUGCGCCAACUGCACGUCUGAGCGCUGAGAGCGCUACGUAAAGAGCGCACGAGAGUGCGAGAGAAAGAAAGAGAGAGAGAGUGCGCGCGUUACGUUGUGGUGGCUGCUGCUGCUGCUGUUGUCGGUGUGCCACAAGUGAGCAGCGCAACUUCAUUCCGAUUCGUAACGUCAAAGCAAACGGACGCAGCGACGCGCCAAAUACCGAAUGGAAAAGAACGUGAGAUCGAAAACGUGAAGAGAUCGAACAGUUUUAUGCGGGAACCAAAUACGCGCCGUAACUGUGCGUGCGUCUCUGUGUGUGUGUGUGUGUGUGCGCGCUGCCGACAGCAACGACAGCAAUAACAAUAACAAUAACAAUGCCGCAAUGCUGAGCUGUUGUUGUUGUUGCCGUUAUCAUGUUGAUAUUGUGAGAGCACCAGCAGGAUAUUUGAAACGGUGUGCGUGCGCGCGUUGUUAGCGUGUGUGUGUGUGUGCGCGGCACCACGGGCAACAACUAUGUGAAGUGUUCAAUUGAAUGCAUAAUAUGUAUAUAGAUAAAUGUGUAUGUGUAUAAGCCGACACACACAUAGGCAGCUGGCGGCAACUAUAUGAAAUACUGAAGCAGGAUACGCAGCGCAAACAAAAAAAAAAAAACGAAUAUACGAGUGUAUAAAACUGAGACUAAAGUGUAUAGGCGAUAAGGUUACAGAUGUCCCAAGCAAACACACACACUUGCACGGUGAGAGAGUGGGACAAUUCGGGCAGGCCUUUCAAAAAGGAUACGCAGGACACUUGCAUACAACAUUGUAACUGGAUACAUGUUUACUCAUAAGCAGCCACUGCUGACAUCCACGCCCAACGCUGCCGCACUGCAGCAGACAACAAAUAGCAACAACAACAACAACAACAACAACAACAACAACAGCAACAACAAAGACAAAAACAACGCAUCGGGCCGUGGCGACAUCAACCCAAACCCAAACCGAAAGCAGCUAAUGCCAGCAUACCUCAACAGCAGCAGCAGCAGCAGCAGCCGGAGAAGAAGCGACAGCAGCAGCAGGUGCAGUUGUUGCUGUACAGGAAACGCAGGACACGACAACAACAACGACAACAACGACAACAACAACGACAGCAGUGAUAAAAACUGACAACGAAUUAUUAACGAGAAGCCGAGACAAGCGCAAGACAGAUAGAAGCAUGACGUCGUCGUCGUUGCACAAAGCCGGAAAUGUGAUUAUAGUUUUAGUCAGCCUGCAGCUAAUGUGGCUAAAAUUGGCCGGCUGUCGGGAUUUGCCUUUGGGCAGCGAUUACGGCAGCAUGUCCGCCUCCGUGGAGGAUGUGGACCUCGUCGAGCCGCUGGUCACCGAGCAGACAGCGCCGCAUCAACGCCUCAACCUGGAGUCUGGACUCAACAGCAGCGAGGAUGGCCGAGCGCCGGCAGCUGCGGCUGGCGGCGGCACAGCUUCCGUUGUGGGCGCCGGCACUUUGCUGGAGGAGUUCAAUGGCGGCAAACUGAGCCCGGCGGAGGCCAGCAAUACGCUGCCCAUAUUCCUCAGCGAGCCGGAGAGCGUUUUUGUGGUCAAGAAUCGGCCGGCGGUGCUCAAGUGCAAGGCAUCGCAUGCCCUGCAGCUGCACUUCAAAUGCAGCGGCAGUUCGCAGCCGCCGCCGUCGACGCACGACAAGCACGUGGAUCCGCACACGGGCGUCCACAUGGAGGAGGUCACCGCCACCAUACAUCGCGAUCUUGUCGAUGAAUAUUUCGGCAAGGGCCCCUUCAAGUGCGAGUGCCAGGCGUGGUCGUCGCGCGGCGUGGUCAAGAGUCAAGCGGCCACGGUCCAUAUUGCAUACAUUCGCAAGUCCUUUGGCCAGUCGCCCACCUCGUUGCGCCUGGAGCUGGGCAGCCGUGCGGAACUGCAUUGCGAGCCGCCCGGCGGCUUUCCGGAGCCGAAGCUCAGCUGGCACAAGAACAAUGCGCUUAUAACGGGCGACAGCGACACGGGUAUCACGGUUAGCGGCAGUACGCUCACCUUCCGCCAGGUGGCGCUGCAGCAUAUGGCCAACUACAGCUGCAGCGCCGAGAAUUUGGCCGGCAAACGUGUCUCCGAUUCGGCUGUGCUCAUUGUCUAUGUUAACGGCGGCUGGAGCGCCUGGAGCCCGUGGCGCGAGUGCAAAUGCAGCGGUAAACCGAGUCAGGGCCGCAAGCGAACGCGCACCUGCACCAACCCGAUGCCCUUGAAUGGGGGCGCCCAGUGUGCCGGCCCCCAGGUACAAAAGUCAGCGGACUGUGCCGCAUGUCCAGAGGACACUCAAAUCGUGAGCGCUGAUGGAUUUGACAUUUCGUCGAGUAAGCGCAUUGCUCGGUGGUCAUCGUGGAGCGAGUGGAGCGUCUGCUCCGCGGAAUGCAUACAAGUGCGUCGCAGAAAAUGCCUGACGCACGCCACAGUUGCCGCCGAUGUGGCAGAUGAGGCUGGCGAGCUGCUGCAGCUGACUGGCGGAGUGGGCGCCGCAGCACUCAGCUCAAGCAGCGAUGGCGACGGCGACGCUGAUGGCUCAGGAUAUGGCAAAUCAUUGUGCGCCGGAAAAGACAUACAAACGGCCGAAUGCCGUGGAGAGCAAUGCCAGAUUGGCAAGGAUGACUUCGAUUGGACACUGUACUUGGGCCUGGCCUUCAUCACAGCCGUUUGCUUUGCCUUUGGCACCGCGCUCAUCUGCUGCGCCCGCCGCGGCAUUCGCCACAAUCCGCACUACAACAUGGCUCGCUCAGUUAUGGAUGCGGAUUAUAUGCCCGGCGUUGUCGAUAAGAAGGAGAUGCGCAUGCACAUCGAGGCAGCCAAUUUGGGAUACGAUUAUGUCAAUCCCGGACAUCGUUAUUUGCCCGGCGAGCACAUCGUCGGCCUGGGCGUCGGCUGCGGCGGCGGCGUCACGGAGCAUCACUACGAUGUGCCCAACUUGGCGGCCAACUACACGAAUCCCAUAGAUGACCUGAGCGCAGAUUAUCUAUCCGAAACGGGCGACUCCUCCACAGCGGACACCUCCAAUUCCACGUUCGACAUGAAUGCCAAGCUCUCCAUACUGAACGCCUCGAAGAGCAGCAGCUACGAGCUGCUGGGCAGCAACGGCGGCCAGCUGCGUCUGUAUGGCGGCGAGCUGUUGCUCUUUGUGCCGGAGCUGGCCAUUGGCAAGCAUCUGAAGAAGCACGUCUCCCUGAUGCUGCUGAGCGACGAGUGCAGUCGAAUUGCCUGCGCCACGGACAGCUCCAUACUGUGCAGCAGCGUGUUGCACUGUGCGCCCCGAAAUUAUGGCUUCAUUAAGCCCGUGAUACUCCGGAUACCGCAUUGCCUGCUGGCGCCGGAGCAAUGGCAUGUGCACAUCUACCAUGCGGACAGCGAGCAGGACGAUCUGAAUGUCGGCUGGCGGCGAGCGGUGUCUGUGGGCGAGGAGACGAUAAAUACGCCAAUGUUUGUGCAGCUGGAGCCGACGGCCGUUUACAUUAUGACCGAGCAGCUGGGCCACUUUGCCGUCGUGGCCGAGCCGCGCAUCCAGCAGCCGGCGAUCAAGAUGAAGCUGCUCGCCUUCAGCCAGCACACGCCGCCCAGCAGCAGCGCCAACUGCAGCCUGCGCAUCUAUGUGGUCAAGGAUUUCCCCAACAGCCGGGACAUAUGCGCCAAUGUCGAGUGCAAGCUAGGCGGCAGCUAUCUGGGCGAGAGUCAGGUCUUUGGCUUCGUGCUGAACAGCCUCAAUCUGAAUAUACGCGUGCGCUGCCGAGAUGCCGACGUGGGAGCUGGCGAUGCGGCAGAUGCGCCCUACGAACAUGCCAUACCCUACCAGCACAUAUUAAGCAACAAUUCCAUAUUGCACUGUGAGUUUAGUGUGCGGCGCCAGGAGCAGCAGACGCUGUGCGUCGACUUUGGCCAGGGCGAGCAGCUCGACUUUUAUACGUUCAGCAUGCCCGGCCAGGGACAGGGCCUGGGCCUGGGUUCGGCCGAGGAGCUGGCCUCGACAACGAACACGACCAUCUCGAUAGAUCGCCAGGGCAACUAUGUGAACGAGAGCUGUGUGCUGGACUUUGUCCAGCUGCCACAUGCCACGAAGCGCUUGAUAUGCGCCGCCUUGGAUCCGCCGCGUGCGGACGAGCGUGACUGGCGGCUGCUGGCCAAGAAAUUGAGCACGGAUCGGUAUAUUGCAUACUUUGCCACCAAGCCCUCGCCCACCGAACAGAUACUCAAUCUGUGGGAGUGUCGCGCCAACAGUGGGCGCGGCAGCGGGGGAGAAGUCGGAAUUGGCGGCGGCGGCAUUUCUAACGGUAACAGUUCCAGUUGCAUUUCGCAUGCGAACAGCAUAAUGUCGCUGCUGCUGACGCUCAAGGAGAUGGGACGCCAGGAUGUGCUGGACAUCAUAGUGGACACCAUUGGGCCGCUGUGGAUUUAGGUCGGGUAUAGCUGUUGAAAACAACAACUAAACAAAACAUGUUCAUGAGUUGCCUUUUAUUUGAAAAAUGUUUAAAAAAAAUGAAAUAGAGAGUGCGAACGAAAUGGGAAACGAAGCGAAACGAAACGAAAAGAAACGAAUCGAAAAUAUGAAACAUGCUAAAAUUGUAAUCAAAGUCUAGGCAUAUAAGGCAUAGACAUAGUCACAUAGUCUGUACUAGUUACGUAGUCUAAGCUAAAGAUAUAUAUAUAUAUAUAUAUAUUAUAUAUAAUAUAUGUGUAGUGUGUUGUGUUCGAGUCUUUUUCGGAACUCUGAACAUUUGCUCAACGAACUCUGUUCCCCAUGGGUGCCAUGCAUUUUUGAUACUAAACUAAAAUACAUUAAAUAUACAUAUAUAUUAUAUAGAAUUAAAUGUAAGUUUACGAUUAUGUUGAAAGUUAUUUGUGGCUUAGCAAACUUAUAGUUUUAAACAAUAGUUUGUAGUUUUCACGUAUAUCGAAUAUUUAGUAGGGGUAUUCAGCUACUAACUAAACAAAAAAAAACCUGUGCUAAGUUUUCAAGUUUCUAGGCAAAGCACCCCACGUUCUGCCAGCUUGAACUGCUGACCAUAUGACGGCGUCUCUCUAUGUUCAGGCAGUUGAAAACUGUUUGCCAAAUCGUUGAAUUUACUCAACCGACUCUAGUUAUAGACCAUAAUAAAAAAGAAAGCGUAGCAUACCUAUAUACACUCACACAUUUACAUAUAUAGAAAGCAUAUAGAAUGUAGAGGAAGAAACAUUAAGAAACCGAGUAGCUUGUUAGACAUACUCAAGUGAUAACCUUUGUAUUUGUCUCUAGUUCAUAAGUUCACAAACUGUCGUUUCAAAAAUCGUUAAUCAAACAAGAUAACAAGAACAACAACAAGAAUAAGAAGAACAAAUGAAUAUUUCAACAAUAAUAACGAAUAUUUAAUGGCCCAAUGAAUAAGCAUACAAUUUAGUCCUAUAUGCAAGACAUAAAAGAGAACAAAAACUGUAGUUUAAACAUUCUUACUAAAUCGAAUACAAA